UCCAAAACUGAGGAGCUCCAUCAAAGCAGACUUGGAACAAGGAAUUUGGGAAUGCGAAUGGGUAUGUCAAAGAAGGACCUGGCUGUGAAGAAUAGAAUCUACACCCGCUAGUGGGCCAGGGGAAGGAACAAGAGCUGUCAGCAAAUGCACUGUGAAAGGGACUAUACGGUUGGCCAAUACUCAAGGAGAGCAGAUCAAAGGUGGUGAGUUCAAGGCCACCAGGCUACAGGAAAGAGUCCCUGUCUUUUGUUUUUGUUUUGUUGCUGCUGAGAGAGGAUGUCACUCUGUAGCCCAGGAAUGACCUUGAACUUUUGGCAAUCCCUCCUGAUUCCACCUCCCAAGUACUAGAAUUAUAGGUGUGAGCCUAUAAUUUACCAGGCUGCUCGGAGGACCUGUCUCAAGCAACAUCGGCAAAUAAACAAAACCCUCAAAUAUGUGUCUCAAUGCCCAUUCUGUUAGCUCGACUUCGGGGUAAAGGUGCAGGCUUCCUCGCGGGAGGCUCAAAGGGACGUUUCACUGAGGUAAAGAUUUGAGUAACAGACUGCAACUGGAAUGCCGUAAAGCAAGAAAGGCCAUCAAACCCGGCUUCAGUCCUUCCAUGUCAGCGAAAGAGAAGAAAUAGUCUCUUCUUUUGCCUUUGCUGAAACGCUGGGGUAUGGCCGUCAAUGUGUACUCCACAUCUGUGACCAGUGAGAAUCUGAGUCGCCAUGAUAUGCUUGCGUGGGUCAAUGACUCCCUGCACCUCAACUACACAAAGAUAGAGCAGCUCUGUUCAGGGGCAGCCUACUGCCAGUUCAUGGAUAUGCUCUUCCCUGGGUGUGUGCACUUGAGGAAGGUCAAGUUCCAGGCCAAGCUAGAACACGAGUACAUCCACAACUUCAAGGUGCUGCAAGCAGCUUUCAAGAAGAUGGGUGUCGAUAAAAUCAUUCCUGUAGAGAAAUUAGUAAAAGGAAAAUUCCAAGAUAAUUUUGAGUUUAUUCAGUGGUUUAAGAAAUUCUUUGACGCAAACUAUGAUGGAAAGGAUUACAACCCUCUGCUGGCGCGGCAGGGCCAGGACGUAGCGCCACCUCCUAACCCAGGUGAUCAGAUCUUCAACAAAUCCAAGAAACUCAUUGGCACAGCAGUUCCACAGAGGACGUCCCCCACAGGCCCCAAGAACAUGCAGACCUCUGGCCGACUCAGCAACGUGGCCCCACCCUGCAUCCUUCGGAAGAAUCCCCCAUCAGCCCGAAAUGGUGGUCAUGAGGCUGAUGCCCAGAUUCUCGAGCUCAACCAGCAACUGCUGGACUUGAAGCUGACGGUGGAUGGGCUGGAGAAAGAGCGAGACUUCUAUUUCAGCAAAUUGCGUGACAUCGAGCUGAUCUGCCAGGAGCACGAAAGUGAAAACAGCCCUGUCAUCUCGGGCAUCAUUGGCAUUCUCUACGCUACUGAGGAGGGAUUUGCACCCCCUGAGGACGACGAGAUUGAAGAACACCAACCAGAAGACCAGGACGAGUACUGAGGGCAGCACAGCGCCAGCCCUGACUGACUGUGGCUUCCCUGCCCCCUUCCCUCUGCCCAGCCCACAUUAUAAGUCCUUUCCUGCCA